UAUUAAAUAGCAUAAUAGUUUUAAAAGAAACUGAAAAUGAGAAGGGGGAGGCGGUGAAUCCCUGGGCAGGAUGGCAAACGAUCAGAGGAGGUGAGCGUUCUCGAGAUGACGUCAUCUUCCAGCAGGAGAGGGUCCUGCUAUCUUUGGGGGGCCCUCCAGGUGUGGGGGGGCUCCUUCUGCUCCCUGCAGGGGCAGUCACCUGUCCCCUCCCUCUUCCCUCCUCGGGCAUUUCCAGGUCUAGCUGUUCACGCUCGCUAAGCAUUCGGCCUCGGCCCCUGAGGUCUUCGCUUGUGACACCCAGUCAUUGGGGACCUUCCCAGCCGGGGCUCCUGGGGAUACCGAGGCAGGCAAGAAUCCCCUUUCCCUGGCCCAGGAGGGGCGGAGGCGUGCUGGGGCAGAGCCAGGGCACUACCGCGGGGCCUGACGACACUGGCAGGGCCAGACGUCAGGAGGACACGUGCCCCCGGGCAGAGAGAAGAGGAGCCCAGAGCCUCCGACAGCUGAGACAAAGACCUGCAAGCAGGCUGGCGCUCCGAUUGGUGGGGUGGACAGGCUGCUGAGUCCUGAUUGGUGAGCCGCUGCCGACGCUGAUUGGCCGAGCGAUCACGGCCUACCCGGUUCUAGCACGCGCCUGUGCGGCUGGCUGGCCGGCGCCGUUUAGAGGUCUGAAUCUCUGUGAUCAGGGAAGUGGUCAGAGGCAGAUAUAAAUUUCAGAGGAGCCAGAGCCUGAGAGGCAGAACUUCCUGGAGCUAGAACCUGGCAAAGGCAGCACAGCAGAGAAGCUGAGAAACCCAGCCUUGGAAGGAAAUGAAGAAGAGGAGGGAGCCUGUCAGUGAAGGAGCAGAGAGUGCAUGGACACUGUCCAAGGGCCUGCAGGACCUUCUGACCUGCCCCGCCUGUGGAGGCUUCUUCAGUGACCCUGUAACAGAGCAUUCUGGUGACACCUUCUGCCGGGAUUGCCUUCCUCAGAAAUCCCAGCCUGCGUACCUCCAUACCAACUGGAAGAUGCAGAACCUGGUACGGCUGGCCAAGCAGCUGAAGCCAUUCCUUGAGGAGCCCCAGGCCACUCUAGAGGGAUGGUGUGCCAAGCACCAGGAAAACUGGAGCUUUUUCUGUAGAGAAGACAAUGAGAAAAUCUGCCUAGUGUGCCACUACUCCAUCCUUCACGAGGGCCAUACCCUGACCCAGCUGCAAGAUCUAGACACAAAACAAGAGGGUGCUUCUGAAGAAGAGGGCAAGAUGGCCUGCAGAUCUCUGGACCACUGAAUUCUCUUCCCCUGGUGUUUCCAUGGGGCAGAACACAGGGCCCAAAAGAACUCUGCCGUUACCUUUACCCACACCCCCUCUGGAAUCCUCCUGGAAACUCAGAGUCGGUCAAUCACAGACACCUCUUUAAGGAAGGGAGUGUGCAGGAUGGAAGAAAUUUCAAGUUGAAGUCUGAGAGAAAUUAUCAUUUUACUAUUCUGAGGGUACCUCCAAGAUUAAUAUGUAUGUUUUCUAUGUGUUUCCUUACCAGGAAGGUGCACUGGACACAGACCAGAGUAGGAGCUGCAGGGAGCCCAAUCUUGCUCACUCCCAGAUGCCUUUGCUGCUAUUCCCAGCUGACCUUGUUGAGCUGUGCAACCCAAGCCAGUCUAAACCCUCCUUGCAGUGAGCUGUUCCAACAAAAUGUCCUGCUUCUGUGCCUUACUUGUUCCUGGGAAGACUGGCCAUUUUGUUUCCUGAUCCCUCCCCAAUCCUCCCCUUUGUGCUUUUCAAGCAUGAAUCUCCCUCGCUUGUGGGCGGGGGGGCUCUUUUCUACUUUGUAAUGGGGUGCCUCGGGACUAGGGUCUCAUUUUCCUCCUAAUAAAACUUUUCUGCUUUCAA